GUGGGGUUGCUUUUGUUUUAUCUGAGCCUUGAAUGUAGGUGCGCACCUUAAGUGUUUGUUUGACUCUCGCCUGUUGCUUGAGCUACUUUUUUUUUUUUUUUGGGCCCUGGCUUGUGUGUGUGUGUGUGUGUGUCCUGUCUCUGAUAAUGAUCAGUGCAUGAAGAUGAUGAGCACACCGCUUCCUGCUUUUCCGCGGCACUGAUGAUGGGGUGGAUGGGCGGCGCGGCGCGGCGGACCGGAGAGGUGCCUGUGUGCGCGUUGUCUUGCAUUCUCGAGGGAGCGUUUGUUGGGAGUUUGGCAUUCGUGCGUCCUCGUGUCUCUCCUGUUUCUCCUGUCUCUCUUGUCUCUUCCGUUUCUCCUGUCUCUUCCGUUUAAUGGCGACCGAUCAGCGGCGUGCUGCCCACGGCGUGUAAGCGUUGACGCGUGCGCUGCAUGUGGCACCUGCGAUUCACACACCGGUGUCUUGGGGAGAAUUUUUUAUUUUAUUUUUUUUACUGAAUUAAAAACACUGGAAGCUCUUUUUUUUGCGCAUUAUGUCUACUAAAAAGAUGCCCAUGUCGGAUAAUGAGCUUAAAAAUGGAACGUCAAGAAACAUGCUGGAACGAUGCGCCUCAGUUAAUGAAUAUUUUGACAUUUCCUUUAAGGUGAUGCUGCUGGGAGACUCUGCUGUUGGGAAGACUUGCGUCCUGGUGCGUUUUAAAGACGGUGCCUUUCUGGGAGGGAACUUCAUCGCCACUGUUGGAAUAGACUUCAGGAACAAGGUGGUGUCUGUGGAUAACAUGAAAGUCAAGCUCCAGAUUUGGGACACAGCAGGGCAGGAACGGUUUCGCAGUGUCACUCAUGCCUACUAUCGAGAUGCUCAGGCUCUCCUUCUUUUGUAUGAUAUUACAAGAAAAUCCUCUUUCGACAAUAUCAGGGCCUGGCUGACUGAAAUUCAUGAGUAUGCACAGAAGGAUGUGGUCAUCAUGUUGCUUGGCAACAAGACAUGGCAGCUGAACGUGUUAUUAAGCCUGAAGACGGACAGAAGCUGGCCAAGGAGUAUGGAGUUCCUUUCAUGGAGACAAGUGCCAAGAACGGUGUUAAUGUGGAGCUUGCAUUCCUCGCCAUAGCAAGAGAGCUGAAGCACCGAGCCGGCCAGCAGCCUCAUGAGCCAAAGUUCCAGAUCCAUGACUACAUAGAGUCCCAGAAAAAGAAGUCCAGCUGUUGUGGUGCACUCGUGUGACAAUAGUGAAGAAGGCGAAGACGAACAAAUACAGAAGAAAAUGGCACCAACAAAUACAUGAGGAAAUACAGUGAUGGCCAGCCAUAUUUGCGUGAAUGGACAUAAUGUGUUAGAGAAAUACUUAUUCAGAUGUGUGUGACAUUAAACCCCUCUUGCUUUUACCAUCA